AUGAUUGCGACCAUGAGGCCUUGCGUUUCCGCCUGCACGGCGGGACAGGGCCUCAACUGCGACUCUGUGAACGUCCUUUCUCCGGAUCCGCGCCCUCGCCUUUCCUUCACCGACGAUGGUCCCGGAAAUCUCUCAGUCUGUGGUCCCCGCCACGAUAACGACCAUCAAGACUACAAAAAGAUCAAGAUCCUUCCGACUGCCGACGAAAUCCUUGCUGUUGAUCGACCAACCUACAUGCCAAAAAAAGACCUCCACGAGCCGCACUUCCUAGACAAUGGGCCUGCGAGGCUGCUGGAUACGCUUUUCAGACAACUACGAUAUGACAGCAUUGAGAGCAUUCGUGACAUAUGCUAUUCAGCCUCACAAGUCGCCUUCCUCGGCAGCGGCACAGCUCCUGAGGGCCAUGUCCGUCACGAAACCGAAGCUGGCAACCGAUACUUCCUUUACAACAAUGUCAAGAUUGAAGAGCUGCUUUCACAUGAGCAAAUGACAAUGCUGGUCCGUGUCAGUUACGACUGUCCGUCUUUCAUGAGGGCUCAGAAGUUAUAUGACUCUGGCCGGUUUCAAAAGGGCAUGCUUGUGGCGUUACUCCAACUGGACCAUGCUACCAUGAAGUUGUCCGUCUACUUCAUGGAGGUCCAUCUAGCUCAAAGCACCUUCUCCAUGGACUGCUUUGACGGACAUGGCACUCGAGCAGCAGUUCAGCUCUCUUUCCUGCCUACCACCAGUCACGAUGAUGUCCUGCAACUCUGCCGCCACGCACUGGGCCUUUGCACAGGAAGUGAACUCUACCUUGUAGAAUUCCCCAAGCUUCUCUUCGCUGGGUUCUACAACUGUCUCAAGCGGUUGCAACAGAUGAGGGAAACAGAUUUCUCUUUCCAGAGCUAUGUCGCACCUGAGACGGAUGUCAAUGAGGCCUUAUUAGCCAGAAAGCUGAACUCCGUCACCGGAUCGCCCCCUCGACUUGCCUGUCCCCCACCUUCUUACGCGCUCUCAUCGGAUUUCGCAUACAAUCUUGCCAAGAUCGUCCCACCUACAUGCCCGAUUGCCUCAGCAUCUGUCGGAGAUCUGUCGCGUCCCUCCACUCUAGACAUCCUCAAACGCGAAACAACUCUGGACGAAGGUCAAGCGGUGGCCUUCAGAGACAGCCUCAUGCGGGAGUAUGCAUGCACACAAGGACCACCUGGUUGCGGCAAGACUUUUCUAGGUGUCCAGCUAGCCAAGACACUUCUCGAUUCCCGACCCUCACAGAAGCCCAUCCUCUUGGUGUGUCUGACGAAUCACGCUCUUGACAGCUUCCUCGCCGAUUUGCGCGAUGCCGGUGUCUCCAAUCUGCUCCGAGUCGGCUCCGCCAGCAAGGAAGACUGGACAGAUGCCAUCAAUCUCCGCAACUUGCGAAGAAAGACUCGGUUGAAGAAACAGGAUGCCCAGAUGCUGCAUGCACAUGAUCUGAAGAAGAAGCUGCUGUUCGCAGAACUGGAUUCAUUGUGCAAAGCACUCUCCUCCCAGACGCAUACUAGCACCCCUCCAUGGCACUAUGUCGAAGACAUCCUGCGCAACAAGUACCCCGAUGUCCAUUCUCAAUUUAUGACAAAUUCUCGUGUCUCGCUUGCGCAGUCAUUCACUUUCGAAUACUGGUCAGGAGGCGGAGACUUGGAGACUAUUCGGGAUUUACACCUUGAACUGGCUUCUAGGCUAGCCCAAACCUCAAAAGACGGUGCAAAGCCAACUCAGGCAAAUGUCGAUGAAAUCCUUCUCGACAUAUCUUAUCAUGCCGAGCUCCAAAGUGCAAACGCCGGGGAAUCGAGCAUCUGGAACCUGCCUCUGAGUGAACGUCAGCUUAUGCUGCGGCGUUGGGAAGCGGAGGUGGAUAAAGAAGAGUUUGCAAACAAAGUCGUCUCUCUUUACUCCGAGUCGCAGGAGUACAUCAAGAAAAUCAAGACAAUCAGCGAUGGGCGUGACGUGCAGGUCAUGUCGUCUCAAAACAUUAUCGCCAUGACCACGACCGCAUGCGCAGCUCGCUGGGAGCUUCUGCGAUCUCUAGAUCUUGAAGUCCUCAUUUGUGAGGAGGCUGCAGAGGUUAUGGAAGCACAUGCACUGUGCACCUUGCUGCCUUCCCUGAAACAUGCAAUUUUCAUUGGCGAUCCUCAGCAGCUCCGGCCUGAGACAAACGAACAGACUUUAAGUCUCGAGACGUCGGUCGGGCGUCAGUAUCGAUUGGAUGAGUCGUUGCUGGAGCGGCUGAUGUUUCCUCACGACUUGUCAGCAUCUAUCAUACCAUCAAGCCACUUGAGCAUCCAACGCCGCAUGCAUCCUGAUAUUGCAAAUAUCACCCGCCUGACUUACCCUUAUCUCAAGGAUCAUGAAUCUACGGUCCAACGCUCGCCAACUCAUGGCCUUGCACACAGAAUCUUUUGGUGGGAUCAUCGAGUUCCUGAACUUGCAUCGGACGAUUUAAAAUCUCAUGCCAACCUCCACGAAGUUGAGAUGGUCGCCUCCCUUGUCACGUAUCUGCUUCGUGGUGGUGCGUACUCACAAGGAGAAAUUGCAGUCCUAACUCCAUAUGCAGGCCAACUGUUGAAGCUCUACGAACGGCUGGGUGCAACAUGUGACAUAUGGCUCUCUCAAAAAGACCGCGAAGCGCUGCUUGGUGAAGAGGUCCUUAGCCUUGGUGAUGAAGGCAAGACUACCAAGGACGAAGUUGCGAUCUCCGACAUGCUCAGAAUUGCAACAGUUGAUAACUUUCAGGGCGAGGAGGCAAAGGUCAUCAUUCUCAGCACGGUCCGAAGUGGAGGGCGCGUAACGGCUUUUACAUCGUUGGCAAUUCCCAAACUCUAUCUCAAGUCCCCAGGUGGAGAGAAGUCAUCAACUCUCUCGAUGGGAAGAUUGGAGGUUCGAUCAUGGCUCAGUGUCAUGUGCAUCCCAACCAUCGCCAUCUCGUUGGGCAACCAGAAGACUUCCAAGACGUCCCAGACUGUUCAGCGGCUUGCGGCACGACUCUGCCCUGCGGUCACACCUGCGAGGAGACAUGUCACCCACCGCAGCUCCAUUCUCGUCUGGUCUGCCAGAAGAAAUGUACUAAGGUCUUCCCAUCGUGCGGACACAGCUGUGAGAAGCUGUGCUAUCAGAAGUGCGGAGAAUGCCAGACUGUCAUCGACGAGGUCACCCUCGAUUGCGGACAUCGAGGAAAGUCACUCUGCUCUGGAGACAAUUCCAAAUAAAAGACUGUAUGCCAACAAGCAUGCGGCGCGACACUCCCUUGCGGCCAUCUUUGCACUGGAAAAUGUGGCGUCUGCAAUACCAGAAAACUCGGGAAGCAUGACGCCUGCAUGCACAUAUGCAAUCGCCUCAAAUCAUGUGGCCAUCUUUGCAAGGAGACUUGUCAUGUCGGAAAAUCUUGCCCUAGCUCAUGUGUCGAACCCUGCUCGGACAAGUGCGAGCAUGGACCUUGUACAAAUCGAUGUCAAGACAUCUGUGACCCAUGCGUCAAGCAAACCGUCGCUGGAUGUGAGCAUGAAACACCGUCAGCCAUCCUUUGUUGUCUACCGAGCCUCUCAUUACCGUGCUGCCGACCAUGCCCGCGGACUCUGGAAUGUGGCCACGACUGCCCAUCACUUCAUGGCGAGACGUGCCCUCCACCAGACCUCUGCCCGGAAUGCCUCACUGGAAGAAGAGGCCCCAAGGUCCUUUAUUCUCCAGAAUGUGGACAUAUGA